UGUAUACAGCACACAGGAAAAGGUAGCAGAUACACAUCACCUCUCUCAUUUGGUGUCUCGUCUCUGCACCAUGUUCCAGCUGCUGAAGAAGCUUCUAAUUUUCCUGUUCCUCUGUCUGUGCUGUUUUCCACAAGUGGGCUGUCAUGAUGUUAUCCAUGUGAAUGGAACGGCAGGACGGAAUCUCACAGUGGAAUUCACUGUGGACGGCACAAUUAAAACCGACGGGCAGGUGAACAUGUACCAAAACAGCCAAAAGAUUCACACAUUCCACCUUUCCAACAAAUCCUGCUUUUCAUGUGUAAAUCACACAAUGUCCACCAUCUGCAUCAAAAAUAUGACCCAAAAAACCAUCAGUCUGAGCUUCACACAUCUUACACACAGUGCAGUGUAUUUCAUUGCUGUGUUGAAGCAGGGCACUGAUAUUGAAGAAAGCAACAGAGUGAACUUGACUGUACACCCUGCUGAGUACACAACAACAUACACCACAGCUACCUCAGUAAAUAUCACACCCCUCCACCAGGAUCAAUCAGGAAACAAGUCCACCUUGUUGACGGCUGUUCUAGUGCUGUUUGUUUUGGUGCUGGUCGCUCUGUUCGGCUUGCUUUACUGGAACUGCAGGAAGAAAACAGACAAACCUCCUGCUGUGAACCCCACAUCUGCACCGCAGGUGAUUUCUGUCCCUGAUGUUACCUGUGUUGAGUAUUGUGUUCUGGACUUUCCAAACCGACCUGGAGAGAAAGUGAGGAGCACAGAGGAGCGAGUGGAGUACUCCCCCAUCGUCUUUCCUCUGAGGAAAACGUUAGCGCAAGAAAACGGAGGAAAAUCGACGACGCAACAAAACAAAAUAAAAAAAUCACCGAAACUGCAGCAUGAGGAGAAUGAUUCGGAUAAAGUGUCAGAGAAAGCAAAAACAGCAAAACCUAGACAUCCAAAAUGUCCAAAAAAAUCACACCUAACUCCAUCCAGUCACGUUCCAAAGGCACAAGUGUGAUUCAUGAACAUGUAAAUUAGGUAAUUAAAUCCAGUGUGUGCAUUUGAUUUAUUUAACUUUAUGCUAAGCAUGUAUCAGGAUUCGUAUUGAUGUUUUGGAUAUUCAGGUGCUCUGUAUAUAAAUUCCAGUUAUUACAGUUUCAAUAAUCAUCAUGCCAGAGGAAACAAUCAUCUCUUCAUCCACUUCCAUUCCGAAUCUACAAAAACAUCAAGCUGCUGAGAAAAUCCGUAGAGCGUAAGGGUGAACCAGUAGAGCAUAUGUUGUAAAUAAUGAAUAUAUAUCAAAUAUGUGUAGUUUUAUGGUUCUAGACGUUUGAACAAACCUUAUACAUAUACAACACACCAUCUCAUUGCGGUGGUAAUCUGUCAGUUUGUAGAAUGUAAACAACAAUAAUGUAAAUUCUUUAUAUAAGUAGUUAUCAGUUAUUCUCUUCCUGUGUAUGAGCUGUUACUUUACUUUAUAUUGUAUAAUAAAUAGAAUAAGGAGACUGUCUGAGGGAGCGAGGAUCGAUAUCAGUGUAGACUCUAGGAAUAAAACUCACCCAGAAUGCUUUCUUGCACUCGACUGAUAGAGAUGUUACACACUUCGGAGUGCUUAUGGAAAGUAGACAGUUAGAAAUGUUGAAACACAAAGAGAAGGUUUGUGUGCUAUUGGGAGAAAUGUUGCUGUUUAAAUACAGCACACGCAACAAUACAGUAAAAGAGACAAGAGUGUGUGUGUGUGUGUGUGUAUUGCAGUGCAAGGCACCAGUGUUACUUAGGCGGCAACCACAUACACCAUGGUGUGAAAUCCCCCUCCCCACGCAUACACACACACGCAUGUACACGCACACUGCUACUGUGGAGAACUGUAGUACAAUAGCAGUAAUUAUUCAAGGUGUCUGAAAAGUCAGCAACCAGUGGGAAUAUACUGAACAAAUAUGUCCAGAUCAAAUCUCAGCUGCUCAGAAAGUGAGUAGCAGGUAAGGAUGAACACAGAGAGCUUAUGUUGUAAAUAAAAAUGAUGAACUGAUGUAGAUGGAAUUUUACUCUCAUUAGUUCCUGACACUCUGUAUUAUAUAUACUGUAUAGAAUAUAAUAUAGCAGUGUGAUGAUAUAGUUUUAUAUCAUGUGUGUUAUUCUGUACCUGUCCGUCAAUGAAAUCUUACUCAAAAUAAACCUAAAAAUAAUGAGACUGUUUCUCUACAUUCUGACCGGCACGCUGAAGCCGAGAAACCGCAUCAUUAUGACCCGAUGAACAUUUUUAUAUGUAUUUUACAUGCUAAUAAAAUUCAUGGUUUUCUUUUUUAUAGCAUUUUAAUUCAUAAAUAAUCCCCAAAAAAUCCUUAAAUUUCAUGUUUUAAUAUGUGACAAUGAAAUGUGAUUUGUUAUUGUAGAGUAAAUUAUCUAAGUCCUUUAAUAUAUUCCCAUGUCUAUACAGAACAUCUAAUAAACACUAGAGUGAAAUAUUUUCUCUACCCUCAGUGUAAUGUUGUGUUUUUAUCACACAGUCAG